UAUUAGGCGUGCACUUCAUGUCCUCCACUGAGCUGCUGCAGAACACUUCGGUCCUGGCUGUGCUCCUCUUCCUGGCUUUAGUCCUGCAGCGGACCUUCCUGCAGGCCUCGUACUACGUCACCAUAGAGACGGGCAUCAACCUGCGGGGCGCCCUGCUGGCGAUGAUUUACAACAAGAUCCUGCGUCUGUCCACCUCCAACAUGUCCAUGGGGGAGAUGACUCUGGGGCAGAUCAACAACCUGGUCGCCAUAGAAACAAACCAGCUGAUGUGGUUCCUCUUCCUCUGCCCCAACCUGUGGGCCAUGCCCGUACAGAUCGUGAUGGGAGUGAUCUUGCUCUACUAUUUGUUGGGCUGCAGUGCUUUAGUCGGAGCGUCUGUCAUCGUUCUGCUCGCUCCUGUUCAGUAUCGAAUAGCGACCAAGCUGGCAGACACACAGAAGAGCACACUAGAGCACUCCACAGAUCGCCUGAAAAAGACCACAGAGAUCUUAAAGGGCAUCAAGCUGCUGAAGCUGUACGCCUGGGAGAACAUCUUCUGUGACAGCGUCGAGGAAACACGAGGCAAAGAGCUCACCUGCCUCAAGACCUUCGCUUUCUACACGUCCAUGUCCAUCUUUAUGAACGCUGCUAUUCCCAUCGCUGCCGUUCUUGCGACGUUCGUGACGCAUCAUUUCAUAAAUAAAGUCGGCCCCACGCCCUCUGAGGCCUUCGCGGCGCUGGCGUUGUUCCACAUCCUGGUCACCCCUCUAUUCCUGCUCUCCACUGUGGUCCGGUUCGCUGUCAAGGCUCUGGUCAGUGUCCAGAAGCUCAGUGAGUUUCUCCAGAGUGACGAAAUUGGAGACGACAGCUGGAGGAACGGAGACAUGUCUGUUUCCAUGGAAGCGGGAAAGAAACACCCUGGGAUG